AGACUUUUGGCUGCACCGUCCGUCUGUCCGGGUGAAACCCCUGGACCUUGGGCUGCACCGUCCGUCUGUCCGGAUGCAUCCCUGGGCUGCGCUGUCUGUCCGUCCGUCUGCACCUCCGGGCAUCCCUGGAACUUGGGCUGUAUCGUCCGUCUGUCCGGCUGCACCUUCUCUCCCCGCAUCCCCUUUCCCACCAGGCCAGACACCCCGUCCCCCCUCCCUGGCCAUGGCCCCCGGGGACCUGGCAGCCCCCGAGGGGGGUCCCCAUUCCUGGGGGGGGGGUAUCCCCAUUCCUGGGGGGGGAUAUCCCCAUUCCAGGGGUGUCCCCGCGCUCCCCCUGACCCCCCUUUCCCGCAGGGAUCCCAGCCGGAGCCGGGGGAGCAGCCCCCCGGCCAGGCCCCCCGGGGCGGGCAGCAGCUCAGAGGACGACGUUCCCCCCACCCAGGGGAGCAAGCGCUGUGCCUCCUGCAAGACACGCCGGACCCCUCUCUGGCGGGCAGCCGAAAACGGGACCCCCCUCUGCAACGCCUGCGGCAUCAGGUACAAGAAAUACCGGGUGCGGUGCCGACGGUGCUGGAACAUCCCCGGGAAGAGCGGGACCCCCCGUCCCCAGUGUCCCCACUGCGGGGAGCAGUGUCGCCCGGCCGGCGGUGGGAGGAGGUGACGGCGAGGACCCCGGCAGCGGCGAGGGGACGGCGGUGGCGGCGGCGGUGACGGCAGCGGAGAGCUGGGGGUGGCGGUGGCUGGGGG